AGGAAAAAAGGGAGAAAUAAGUGAAAAAGAAAACCGAGCCUAAGUAGAAAAAUCUAGAACCACAGCUCAGCCAUAUAUUUGGAUCCGUCAAACGUAUGGGGACACAAGUCACGCAACAAAUUCCGCCCAAAAGUUUCGUGCCCCUUACAAGUUACAAUCCAGAUCUAGGGUUUCAUUGCGUUCUCUUGUGCGAUCUGAAAAAUGGACUUCGAUUUGGACGACAAAGAUCGUACGUUCAUCUCUCAUUCACCCACCUGGGAUGAUGCAGAACCCGAGCUAAAGAAGCAGAGGCUCUGCGUCGGAGACAGCGAUGGAAGCAGCGGCGGGGACAGCGAUGGAAGCAGCGGCGAAAACAACAGCGAUGGAAGCGGCAGCUGCAACAGCGGCGGCAGCAGCGGCCUCAGCACCGUAUUCAUUGGGAACGAACAGGACGAUGUGUACUUUGAGAAGUGCAAGUACGUGCUUGAUCCAGAAGACUACGAGAACUGGACUCAGGAGCGAAAACGACAAUACGGACGCUACAAUCAUCAGCUAGAUAUCUCCAAUGGCUAUUAUCUCGACUUUAUUCCAGCAAUCUAUGGUCGGUAUGGGAUUAGAGCUAUAGAUUUAACCGGAGAGGAUUAUCUAGGUCGUUUUUUCCCACGUCUCAUGAGGUGCAUUGAGGUUGCUCUGAAAAACAAAAGGUUUGUUUAUGAGGAGGAACUGGAAUUGGUUGGCAUAGUGAGGGCCAAUUACGAUGUUGGCUAUGGCUAUGUGUAUUGGAUAACUAUGGAUGUCAGGGAUAAAGGUUCUGGAGAAAUCAAAACUUGCAUUUGUAAAGUACACUAUGGAGUUAAGGGUGGGGCUGAGGAUGAUAUGAUUGUUGAAGAUUUCAAGUUUAUCCCUUCAAAUUUUAAAUAUAUGCAAGAAACAAGUUUGAAACUUUGAAUGAACAAGCUUCAAGCGCUUUCGCUAUUGCUUGAAUCUUGAGUUAUCAUACAUAAGCUGAUAAGCUCUUGACCAAUUGCACUAUGAACAACUCUGGAUGAACAAGCAUCAAGCCUUUUUGGGGAGAUUGGAUAUUGAGCCACCGUAGAUAUUAUUAUUUGCAUGAGAUGAGCUCUUGACUAAUUGCACUCUGUAGAUGUAGUGUUAUAUUAUAUAUUGAACCCAUAUAACUUCAUAUCAAAAGGACUUGUCUAUCUUGGCUAGUACUCCUAGUAGUAGCCCACAACUGUAUUUGAAAUCCCCUAUGGAAGUGACAUAUACAAACAAAUGCAACCUCCUGUUCAAAUGCAUAUGUGUAAAAGCAAUAUACUGUUAAGAACAAAAGCACACACACACGAAUAGAAAGCAAGAAAGCAAUAGAGAACACGAGAUUUAACGUGGUUCGGUCUAAUCUGACCUACAUCCACAGGGGCAACUAGGGUUUGUAUUAUUGAGUGAUGAUGAUUACAAGUACAGGAGAUCAAAUAUAUAGACAACUAAUUAGGGUUUAACCCUUGCUGGACAAGUUAUAGCAAACUGGGCUUAAAACCAUUUGGGCCGGCCGAAACCCUAAUCUGGUCUCCUAAUUCUCAGUUGUCUACAAGUGGGCCACUUUGGGCCGAUGACUACACAUCACCAACAAUCUCCCACUUGGAGUCUUUGGACCAAACUGCGGCUCCUCUCUGUACUUCUGUAAAUGAAAAAUCUUCCUUGAU